UCUGCCGUUAAAAAAUAUCAGAGAAUUAGGUCAGCAAACUAACGCAAUGAAUGUGUAACUACCGUGUUUUUGAUUAUAUAACUUUCACCCAAGGCGCGACCUGGGCUCAAAAUAAACUGCUCCGCCGAGGAGAGAGAUGUCCAGUGUUUCUAGCAUCUGCAGGAGCCGUAGCCGUUAGACCGGUCCGCCUGUCUGUCUGCCUCCCACCGCUGGGGUUUGGAGACCCACAAGCCCAAAAAACGGUAACGCUAGCUGCUGUAGUCCCGGCCAGGCUGGGGCUGAAUGGUUAGCCGGGGGAAGGAGAGACACCACCAGACAGAACCCAAAGGUGCCUGCCGAGACCCAGGAAAUCACUCCUCGUCUCGACAACCUGGUAUCAACACGGUGUACAUUUCAGUAGUUGCAAAAUACAUAAUGCAAGGACUCUAGCAUGUAAACCCAACCACCUAAGACAUGUGAGCCUCGAACCUUCUGUCCCAGAUCUUCUUUACCCUGAGCAGAAGUAAACAGAGUUUGGUCUGACAAUGUCGAGCCGCCGGAAAUCAACCACACCUUGCAUGGUGCUGCCUUCUGAUGUGGUGGAGCAAGAAGAGGUGGAGGAGAAAAUGGAAAGGACAAAGGAGGAACAGGCGGAUGAGGAGGAGAAGAAGGUGAAGGAGGGAGCAGAGCAGGAGCCCACUGCAGAAGAGCUGAGUCAGGCAGUAGUGGUUGUGCCCACCCCUCCAGAUUCAGAUGAGCCCAGUGUCUGUACUGUAGAAGACAGUGAAGUCCUCGCUCCCUCACUGAAGCGCAGUGCAACAAACCCUCCUGAGGAUCCGAGCAGUGAACAGUCGACCCAGGAACAACAGUGUUAUACGCCCGAGGAGGGAGGAGCAGACCCCGCUACGGUCGCUGCCAUUUCCCUCAGCAAAACUCCCAUCAUGAGGAUGAAGACCAAAUGUGAACCCAAGAGGAUCGCUGUGUCCCUGAAAUCAACAGACGAGGCAGUGGAGGGUUUUGGAGGGGGCGAGGGAGAGUUGGGAGGAGACCAGCAGCCCAUCGAAGCUCCUCUGGGGCCGAUGACGCCUGUGGAGAUGCUGCUGCACGACUCCAUGAAGCCCGGAGGAGGAGGCUUGCUGGUCAGCCCGUACUCUGAGCAGCAGAGGAAGUCAGCAACUUUAAACUCCACAGUUCUGCCUGCUGGCCUGGCACAGGUGCUUUCUGCUCUCCAGGCCCAGCAGAGUGCAGCUGCAGCUCAGCCUCAGCUGCUGAUUCCCCUCAGCAGCAUCCCCUCCUACAGUGCAGCUAUGGACACCAACCCCCUGCUGGUCAACACAUACAAGAAGUUUCCUUACCCCUGCAUGGCCGAGAUUUACAGCCUGGCAGCACAGACACAGUUCACAGAGGAGCAGAUCAAGGUGUGGUUCUCAGCCCAGCGGCUGAAGCACGGUGUGAGCUGGACUCCAGAGGAAGUGGAGGAGGCCAGGAGGAAACAGUUUAAUGGCACGGUGCACACGGUGCCGCAGACCAUCACUGUCAUACCUGCUCACCAACUCUCAGCAGCUGCCAACGGCCUGCAGUCCAUUCUACAGACCUGCCAGAUAGUGGGCCAGCCCGGACUGGUGUUCACACAGGUCGGCCCAGGGGGGCACCUUCCAGUCACCAGUCCCAUCACCCUGACAGUGGCAGGGCUGCCCAGCCAGUCCCAGAGCUCCAGCAGAGUUUCCUGCCAGCCCACCCUGACAAACAGUGAGCUGAAACGGGCUACCACUGUCCAGCCUCCCUCUCUCUCUCCGCAGGUGGGGACAGCACUCGUUGCUGCCUUUCAGGAGAACUUGGCCCUCAGCGCUGACACAUUCAAUUUGCGGCCUAAGAAGUCCAAAGAGCAGCUGGCGGAGCUGAAAGCCAGCUACCUGAAAAACCACUUUGUCACUGAUGCGGAAAUUUCCCGGCUGAUGACGCUCACCAACCUAACAAAGGGAGAGAUCAAGAAAUGGUUCAGUGACACCAGGUACAACCAGCGCAACUCCAAGAACAGCCAUGUCAUUGUUUUCCAUGAUGGAGGGGGCAGAGGAAGUGGCAGCUGUGGUAGCAGUGCUGGCACCACCAUUGUUAUUGACUCAAGCGAUGAGACCCCCACAUCUCCCUAUCCUCCCUGCACUCCGCCUGUGAAGGAGACGCGGCCCAAAACAUGGAAUCCGUUCCCAGAUUUUACCCUGCAGAAGUUUAAGGAGAAGACUCCAGAGCAGCUGGUAGUGCUGGAAGAAAGUUUUGAGAAGAACAGCACCCCGUCAGAUGAAGAGCUGAGCCGCCUGAGGACAGAGACUAAACUGACACGGAGGGAGAUUGAUGCCUGGUUCACCGAGAGACGAAAAAUGCUGUCCGUCAGUACUUCCUCCCCGGAUUCUUCAGAGGGAGGAAAGAUGGAAGAAGGAGGAGCAGGAGCCAGUUCUUCUUCUCCUUCUGCCUCCUCGUCCCGUAGAGGUAGUCAAACUCCUCCUGGCGGUCGGGGUAAGCAGCUGCCCACCAGCAGCAACAAAGACAUGAAAGACAAGAAUAAAAAGACUCCGGAGCAGCUCCAUAUUCUGAAAAGUGCCUUCGUGCGGACCCAGUGGCCCACAUCAGAGGAGUACGACCAGCUGGCAGAAGAGAGCGGCCUCCCUCGGUCCUACAUCGUCAGCUGGUUCGGGGACUCUCGCUACUCGUGGAAGAACAGUAACCUGAAAUGGUUCUUCCAGUACCAAAGUGGCAACGUGGAAGGGCCAAACGGUGGAGGAAGCAAUAAAAUGGGAAGCGGCACCGGUCGAAAGAGACGCGGCCGAAAUCGUGGUUGGGGGCGGUCCCGAACCAGAAAGCAGCCAAGGAGGUCUGCCUCCUCCAGUGCAGAGGUCGAUGGAUCUCCCCAGUCGAAAAAAAUCAAGAGUGGGAGGGAGAUUCUGAAGGAGUACUACAUGAAGAACCGUUUUCUCAAUGAGCAAGACCUGGAUGAGCUCGUCACCAAGUCCAACAUGAGCUACGAACAGGUGAGGGAGUGGUUCGCAGAGGUCCAGCGACGUUUGGAGAUGGGGGCAGAUCCCUUCCUGGAGGCAGCUAUGGGAGGGACAGGUGGAGACGAAGCAGGAGAGGGAGGUGAGACGCAGGGAGAGGAGUCUACGCCAACCAAGGAGAAGACCGGCACAGGGGCGGGAGACGAGGAUGAUGACGAAGGAGAUGAGGACGACGGCGGCGAUGAUACGGACGACAGUGAGGUUUGGGAGCCGUCCCGUAGCGUCAGGAAGUCCUUGUCAGUCUCCGAAGACUAAUGAUGAUUUAAAGCGCGGUGAAACAUCACAGAAUGUUACAAGAGAAAUAGUUGUAUGAUCAAAUGCUGGAAGAACACUUAGAAGUCUUUUUGCCACUGAUUUGCAUAUGUACUCAUUUGCAACAUGAAUUCACUGUAUUUGAAAACUAUUUCUGACAUCACGUCUGCAUGAGACGAACAGAUGGACUAUUAGCUUUAGCUCACUCUCUCAAUCCCAAUCUUCAAGCUGAAGAUAAAAUAGUUACCCAACAGGAUAUCCAGACAAAUCUGUACAUUUGAUUGCAAUUCAUGAAUACUGUUGUACAUGAGAGAUUUUAGUGUUGGCCAGGCCCCUCGUUAAAUGUGCACUCCUUGCUUGCUCUAUGAAGCCAGUAAGGGAGAUUGAUUUACACAGUUUUGCUGCAUUUCCUUGAGAAGGAACCUGAAGCCGGUUAUGUGCACAGGCCUAAAUUCAAACUUUAUUCUCCAAUGUAAUGAAUGUCCCAAACGGCCCACUCAGAAACAAACAACUCAUUUGUGUGUUUACAAAGGUGCUUAAAAACGUGUCACAGCUAGAUGUCACUGCUGAGCAAUGUCCCCAAUGAAACUAGCAAACAUCUAUUUGUGGAACCUGUUGAUUUUAAAUGUGUCAGCAUCUUUUUUUCCUAGCACCUGUGAAGUCUACCACAGGGACCGGAUAUGAAUCAGCAGGUUGUUUGAGCCGACAUGGAUUGAUGAUGACACUGAAAGUCGGCGUUUUUUCUCUAGAGAUAAACGCCUAAAACGAUGCGAGACAAAGGACUGUACUGCUGAAUGAAUGCCAAUGCCACGGUGCUUUUAUACACAGGAUGUCUACUCAAGUCUUCCCUUUAUAUCAGCUUGUUUUUUCAUUAGUAUUAUAGAUUUCUAACUGAACACAUACAGAUCUGAUGGGAAAAGGCCACAGUAUGUGUUUAGUAUGCAGUGCUAGUAAUGUUUUUAAACUAAUUUUUCACGUUUUUGAUAAAACACAUCCUGUGCUAUUAUGACCUUUUCAAAGGGUGAUUCAGACAGUAUGAGGCUGUUGUCUCCUGAGCAGUGAGCUACAGUUUACAGAUCGACUCAGAGGCUCCAUUUGUGAACUAAAUAAUGGCCAUUGUGAGGCAGACAUCUGGGUCCACUGAAAUAGAACAGAAACAAAAGAUUAGCUGCAAUGAUUUUGUUUAGAAUUUAGUUGGUUUGUGAUGGGUUGAAUGGAUGUACUGUAUUUUAAGAUGGGUGGGGGGGGGGACAGCAUUGAAGAGUUUUACCCAUGGAAAUGUCAAUCCACAAGUUAUCACCACAGAUCACAGACACCUUGCCUUUUAGUUUUGGGCUCCUCUGCUCAUGUCAAAAACCAGGCCUGUGAAUCAUUUUGGGUUUUGACCCUUACUCUUAAGAAAGACUGUUAAACAGUAUUUCAAAAAAUAAUUUGACUCCCGUCUGCACUGAAGAGACAAACGUGAAGCACCUAAACUAAACUUGUAAAAGAAAUGCACUUUGUCCACUUGUAUACCUGGUGGACUAAAUCCUGAUUUGGCACCUUAUCUCUUAUUAUACCAUAAAAUGGCUCUGAGAGACCAAAUCUCUUUUGUAUGACUACUACUAAACCAGUAUUUUGCCUUCUUUUUUUAUCCUCAAUGUGUUUUCAGUAGGAGGUGUCAAUUUAUCCACUUUUUUAAUAGUAUGUGUUGUUUCAUAUUUGGAUGUUUAUAAGGCUCAAAAACUAGUAGAACAAUCACCCACCGCUUUCUUUCGCUAAAUUGCACAAAUUGAGCCCCAUUUUUAAGCUUUUCUCCUUUUGAAAAUGCACAUGUGUUAUAUUUGUCGCCAUGUUAUGUGUUGUUGCUUUAAACUAUGGGAAUUGUCUCCCAUUUCUCCUUCUCUCCUUCUCUGCUCCAACAUACCCCCGUCUGACUCGUUACCCCUCUCCUCCAGUCCACUUUUGUAAAACAAACGCCUAGACUCAUGAUGUGCACUUCCCAAGACAUGUUUCUGUAAAUGUUAUCAGUGUCCUGUUGGCCCUCUGUCUCAUCAAAUAGUCUACAAGACAGGCAGAAAGACCGACAGACAAACAUGGCUAUAGGGGGACGUCUUCAAAAGACAUUCUUGGAAAAUUCCCUUCCCCUCGUGGAAGGAAUUGUUGUCACGCCUGAAGAAACAGCACAGCAUUCCCUGUAGCCGCAAAGUCUACCAAAUACCGCUCCUCGUUCUAACUGUUCCUCACGCUUUACCGCAUUCAAUUGACAGGACAGUAGACUGAAAACUGACUCGACCGUAGCUCUUCACAAAUAGAGGAGAGACUCCGAUGAAGCUUUGCAGAUAAACCUAUGUGCCUACAUGGCUGGUACGCUUGUUUGAACAGAAUUUCACCAACCCUUCGACGAUGACGAGAGAGGAUUUGUGAACGCUUCACAUAUCACAUACUCUUUGGUAAUUCGUAAGGAAGGCUUGUUCAAUCUAAGUUGUGAUGCAUGACCGAGCUUUGCUUUCUGCUGACGCUAAAAGAUGCCUAGAUACUCUGAAGUUGACAUGAGAAACCUCUGUUGUAAGUCCUUUUAACGGAUACCUUGGUGUUCCGAAUUGAGUUAUAUUUCCCCACCAGGCACUUGUCACACUACGUGUUGGCACCUGUUAGCUGUCCACUUUAAUGAGUAACUUUGAAAGCAGUUUUGUCUGCUAGCUGUAAGAGAGCUAUUGUAGCUAGUUUAUCAACUGAAGGAGAGUCGAAUCCUUGAUACAUUUUGUCGUAAUGUGACAAGUGCUUGCUCAUGAAAAAUUAGAAAUUCAAAAAUGUUAAGGGAUACCUUUUGUCUAAUAAUGCAUGCAAUAACCACGACAACGGCUCAUUUUGUACAUACUAUAUUUUGGGUUGGUAUACUUGGCACAGUAGAAGCCUAAUCUGGGAAUAAUUAUUAUUAUAAUACCAGUCACUUUUCAUUCAUGGACCUGUUUUCUUUAAAAAAAAAAAAAAAAACGUUUAAAAAAAGUUUCCAAUUCAUGGAAACAUUUUAGUCCUUUGCUCGGAACUAUGUUAUCACCAGAAUUGCAGUCGUUGCACGGCAGCCAUUUUGUGCCCUUUUUGUUGAAUCCUUGUACUUCACGUCUUGUUUUAGUCCGCAGGUUAGGCUUAAUCCUGCCCCCGGUAUCCAGCCCAAAGUCUUUUACAGUGUGCUCAGUCUUUACUAUAGUCAGUCUGUUUUGAAUGGUUUUAUAUGUUUCUAUCUAUGAAAACUGUGUCUUUACAACUCUUUCCAGACAUCAGUGGAUUGCUUGUUAACAAGACAAACUCAUACAAUAUGUACAGUAGAUUAGUGUUUUUGAAAUAGAAUCAGUUUUAGUGUUCAGCCAGUGUUUACCCAAGUUGCUUUUUGGUUGCAAAAAAUAUAGAAUCAGAACUCGAGAGAAAAGACACGCACUUACUUCAAACGAAUGUCCUGGUAGCACUGGAAACAAGUUUUUUUGCUUGCUAAUAAUGUGUCCAAAUGUUUUCGGCUAUAGAACGGAGUCGUUUUAUAAAGCUGUAUUAGAUGUGACAGAAAUUGACACAUGAAGUAGGCCUGUGAAAAUACAUUUGCAUCUUGGCUAUGGAGGGAGCUUUCUAGCACUGUACCAAAUCAUUUGAAGCUUCAUUUAUAACGUUGCCCUUUUCAAAUACAACAUUUCACUGCGAUCAAAAGACCGUUUACUCUCCUGCUUGCCGCACACAAAGGGAGGCACUGGCCUGUAUUAACGGGGCGAGCUAGCAGCAAUCUAACGGCACCAGAAAUGACAUUUAUAUAAACACAAAAACAAUCUUUUUUCCCCCCCUAUUUGUAUUAGGGUAAUAACGUCAUAAAACAUGACGACAGAAGCUUCAUUCGAUUAAAAACUCAAUAAUUCAAAUAUUUUAAAAAUGACAUAGAGUACAGCCCUAGAGCUUUCUAAAGUAAAAAAAAAAAGAAACCCUGAUGACGCAUUAGGGUCAUCUCAGAUUUUUAAAUGUUAACAGAGUGCACUAUAAAUUACACGUGUGAAUUGAGAAGGUAAAGAGAAACUAAGGAAAGACACAAAUCUGUUGCAUUAUAGGAGAUGCAGGAUGUAGUGUUUUUGGUGCUUGACCCAUAAUAGAGACUCCACGUCAAUAAACGGUAUUGAGUGGCCGUACUGAAUCGCACCCCUCUAAUGGUUUUCUGUUUAGACAGAAGGUAGUAACAGAACCAGUUCUGCUACAGUACAACUGUUACAGUACAGGUCAUAUCUUAGCCAGAGCGACUUACAGUGAACUAACUACAGGGACAGUCUCCCUGGAGCAACUUGGGGUUAAGUACCUUGCUCAGGGUACAAUGGUGCAGCCCAGGUAAUGAACUCAUGACCUUCUGGUGCUCUGUUUGGAAGGCGUACCACUAGACCACUAGGCUAUCACCACCCCAACUGUCUAAUAAACCUUCGCUUUUAAAUAUGAAUCAUGUAUUUAAAAAGUUUUCCCAGGUUUAUGAGGUGUCAUGUCUGCUCCCCGAGUUGUGAUUUUAUAUCCAACAUGUAUCCCAGUUAACUUUGUGCAGUAGAGCUAGGAGCUAACAUUGUGAUCUGAAUAGUUUACCUGAUGUCCUAUUGUGCACAUGUCAUAUCUGUAUCCUUCGCUAUCCUUCUGCUAUACUCCUCACUCGUCUGUGUUUAGACAGGUAGUUGGUUGAAUGUUUCUUACAACAAUCAGAGAUUCAAAUGUUUUAACUAUACAGCAGCCAUCUUUUUUUGGCACAAAAACCCAACAAAAAACACCUUGUCAGAAUUGUGAUAUAUACACGUAUAAAUGUUUUGUUUGUUUCUCACUUUUACUUUAAAUUUACAGUGAAAUGUUCACCUUUUGGUUUAUCUGCUGACAGUUUUUACCCCAAGUUAUUGCUUUGCAUUUUUCUCUUUGUUCCCGCUUCAAUACAACUCGUAUACUUCUCUUUUGCUGAACGAUGACAGUGAUCUCUCUGCUCCUGUAUUAGGUUACAGUCGGUUCCGUGGACACAGGAAUAACACCAUGAUCUAACAAACAAAAAAACUAGUGUUCCUUUAAAGACAACAAAUAUUUACUGUGGCAUUUUAAAAUGUCACUCGUGACAUUGUUGGAUUUUUUGCCCCUAGAACUAAGAUUUUAAAUAUAAGCUGUGAUCUCUGAACUUGUUUAUGUUGUUGAUGAUGAUGAUGACGAUGACGACCUAAAACAACUCAACAGAACAGUUCAAAUCUGUGUUAUUCUGUGACUACGAAACUGACAUUUACAUUUACACUAAGUUAUUCCUACACUCUGCCUGUACAUCUGAAAUGUGUUAAACCCUGAGAGUAUCUGUCAUAAACUUUGAUUAAACAAGGUAUGUUUGUGUGUCGCCUCUGCAGGCUUGCUUUAGAAAGCGAACAAUUCCUUUUUACAAUCCCUGCAAUCAUCAGCUACCAGCUGUAAAAGCAAUUUGUGCAAUGUUAAUUUAAAACCCCGGCUUUUAUUAAGGCUCUGGUUUGAUUUCUAGCUUGAUUUCGUAAGAAUUUAUAUUUUAUACUUGUUUGAGGACAAAACCCAAUAAAUUUUGAUCAAAACA